AAACCAAUAAAUAACCCAAGGCUUACAGUCCUCAAAGUCAGCAAAACGGUUUGCACCGAGGACCAACGAGGUAAGGAGGUCUACCGGUUUUUGGUGAUCGUAAAGAGCGCUACACAGAACUUUCAGGCCCGAAGUCGUCUCCGUGGAUUUAUCCACAACCAGACAAGCAAGUUGCCGUUUGCAGUGGGUCUCAUCUUUAGCAUUGGCCUCCCUCGUGAGUUUCAACAGAUGGCGCCCGACGAACCAAUCCUUCAAAAUAUCACCACAGAAAUGGAGCUCUUUGAUGACAUUCUGUUGACGAAUUUUAUGGAUACCUACGAAAAUCUCACGCUCAAGACCAUCAUCAAUCUGCGUUUUGCCCAUACCCUUUGUCGGGGUGUUUCGCCGCAGUUCGUCUUCAUGGAUGACGAAUAUGGGCUCAGUUUGCAGGGUCUCCUGGACUCGCUUGCGAAUUUCUCCCGUUCGGAUCUUCUCAGGCAAGCCUUUGGUUACGUCAGUCCCUUACAUUACGUCAUCCGAACUCGAGGUCAUAGGUAUGCCCUCGCUCAAGACGACUACCCCUACGUCGCCUUGCCCAAUUAUAUGUGGGGAUUUUGCUAUGUCAUCGGAGCACAGGCUGUUGAGGCCCUAUCCAUUGUCGCAGCCUUCACGAAGCCUCUUCGGUUGGAGGACGUGUACAUCGGCAUACUGGCCACCAAACUGAACAUCACGCUGCAACCGGUAUCAGGAUUUCUCCACAACUGGUCUUUUGCGAAAACUACCAUCAGAACAGUUGCAGCUCCGAUCGAAAACUUCACGCGAAAUCUGCUGUGA